AUGGGGAAGAGUAUGACCGACAAGUUUGAGAAGCUUUGUCAGUUCUAUCGACAGACACUGAAAGGGUGGAUGGUUCAAGAGAUCUGCAAUGGGUUCAACAAACUGUAUAACAUCAUGGAUCGAAUGAAAGCAGAUGCUGGCAUAGACGAAGCGAGAAUUACUCCCUACAGGACCGAACGGUUCCAAGUGCACAGUGUUAUGGACUCCCAUGACGGGGGUGUUAUUCCUUCCAUAUGUUCUAUGACUGAGGAGGAUACAUUAUCAGAUGUAAACACAAACGAAGAUGACUUUUUGCCUUUCCCACACCUUUUGACUGAGGAGGACACAAUAUCAGAUGAACCCACAAACGAGUUGACUCAUGUGUCUUCAGCAGAAAAAUCAACAUUUACAAUAAUUGACAGGAAAGAAGUGUAUACACUUGGCGACAAAAUCAAAGUACAGAUAGAGCUUUACGACCAUGCUGGGAACCGGAAGUCUAGUGGAGGUGAGUUGGUCAAAGUCACCCUUACCAGAAGUGACCUUACAAAUACGGCUGUCACUGGUUACGUGCUUGACAACGGUAACGGAAGCUACACGGCGGAAAUAGAGGCACUAUGGGCUGGCAAAUCAAACUUGUCUGCUAGUCUGGUUUACAGCAGGCAAGCCAUAGCUGCUCUAUAUAGAAUAAGGAGAGAGAUACUUUCAACGAGGGUUAUUCAGGCCACAUUUAGCAGUAGGACAUAUCAAGAAACAACUGACUGCCAUCCAAAUAUUUCACAUUUAUUGAAACUGAAGAACUACAGUGCUUUUUGCAACUUUACAUACAUCAAUUCUGGGAUGCCAUGGUACUGUGGGCGACCACGUGACAUUCAUUUGCUGUGUGAAGACUGGCAUGCGGUCAAAACACAGGCAUUUCCACCCUUGCCUAUCACCAAAGUAGAAGACACGAUUAUCUCAAGAGGUGUUGUUCCCAUCUCAAAAGCCAUUGCCCUUCAAGUAGCGGGAAAUCGGCAGAUGGAGGCCAAGAAUCCUUGUUCCCGCAGGAACUUCCGUGAACUCUGGAGAGAACGACAGUCCACGGGAUACUUCUUCAACGGAAUUUGGCAUCUGAGACAAUGUGCAGGAAUAAACAGGACUCAAAUUCCGGGAUGCAUACAAAACAAGACGAUGUACCUACUAGGAGACUCAACAUUACGCCAAUGGUAUUUAAACUACGUACUAAAAAACCUCGAAUGUCAACCGACGAGUGAGGAUUGGACUAAAGUAAAAUGGCUCAAGCCAGCAACAUGCAGGAACAAGCAACUGAAUUUCAGUGCUAGCUGGUUUAUACCCUCUCAACCGAUAUUUGCAGACGAUGACGAGAACAGCUAUACUUUGUACUCGAUUGCCCGCCAUAUUGAUGAUAUUCCUGACAAUGAAGAAACAUUUGUUGUGAUUCAUUUGUUUAUGCACAUGGUGCCAUACCAUCAUGGUGUUUUCCAAAAAAGGAUGGCAAUAAUAAAAAGAAGUGUCGAAAAGUUAUUGAACCGAAAUCCAAAGGCCAAGGUAUUUCUUAAAGCACCACACACUUUCCUCGAUACCCCAUGGGGAGGGGCAAGGCUAGACGACUUCUUCGGAUUCCUGUAUACAAACAUAUUAUAUCAAACAUUCCGUGGGCUCCAUGACAAGGUUGUCUUUCUCAAUAACAGGGACAGUUCGGACGCUCUUCAACUGAAACCGAAUCAUCCACCACCAUAUGUGGUACUAGCCAUGGUGGACCAAAUGUUUUCAUAUGCAUGCACAUGA